GUACACCUAACAAGCAUUCAAUAAAAUCAAAAAUAAAAGCACUUCUUAAUGAAGAUACAUACAAAAUGAGAGGGAAACACAAGAGAAGCUCAACCUGUCCCACAAAAUCGCAGCUAACUCGCAUCGAUUCGGUUCAUCGCUUGGAAGUUGAUCCCCUGAGUGAAAUGCUGUUAACUGUAGAGAAUCCAGAACCAGUUCUAGAAACUUUUCAAAACCAUCUUGCUGCAGGAACACUGGAAGUUCUGUCACCGGUUUUCUCACAUAAGAAAAACUCAAUCACCAACAACAGCAAUGACAAAUGUGUUGAAUGUGGUGCAGCUUUUUCUAGUGAUCCUUUGGAAAAACAUGAUGACAGGACUCAUCAUAAGCAUCGCAAUCGAUCGACUGGCGAAGGCGUGCAGGAAGAUAAACUGAUGAACGCGAAAAUACUUACAACCGAUGCUUCGCCGCAUCUCUUCAAGGAUUUUCUUGAUGCUCUUGAUUUAAUCAACGCAAACAAAGAGUUUCUGUUGAAAUAUAUAAAUGAUCCUGGUUCUCCUUUACCAUUUGAGCUUCAUAAUCAGUCUCACUCUCCCAAUCGUAAAUCGAGACGAGCCAAAUCGAUCUCGUUACCUGUUGGUGGAUCAUCUCCCGGAGCCAAGGAGGCUGAGCACAUCGUAGAUGAAUGGCUCACUACAAAAGAAAUGAUAGAAUCAGAAAUUCAAAAUUUAGAAGAUUUUCACAAACCAUCAACUUCUUCUUCGCCUAAACCUGAUCGUGAUUCGGAUCAACCAUCUGUUAAAAGAGAUCAUAACAACAACACUUCAUCAGAUACAUCCCAAGUUUCAAACAGUGUGAAGAACAAGAACUUCAAGGAUCUUAGAAAGAAGAUAAAGCAUAUAAUCGAAGAAAGCAAAAACGAAAAGCUUCGCAUUACGAUGGACGCUGUAGUCGACAAAAUUCCUCGUGGCAACAAGUUUUCCAAAAAUGUAAGGAAGUUGAUGAACCAUGAAAAGUUCAAACAACACAAUAACCGCCAACUAUCAGGCAUGAGGACAUGUUCUCUAAAAGAAUCGGUUAACCGAUACACUCAGCUUUACGACACUUGUUUUCACAAUGAAGUAGUUAGCAAUAAGGAAGAAAAGCAGCCUAAAAAUGAGAGCUUAAAGUUGAAAACCGACGAGAAAAGUUCGGUAUUGAAGACACCGAAAUCGUUUAAAAGGUUCCUUUCACUACCUAAUCUAAAAUCUUACUUCAACCAAAAUGAGGAACAUUCUGUUAUCUUAUCUCCUCAGAAUUCAACUAGAAAACCCAAAGAUAGAACUAGAAGCUCAAGUAUACUUGAUGGCUACUCAAAUAGUCAUAUUCUCUCACCUUCACCUUCUGAUCAUACAUAUGAGGAUGAACAAAAACAUGUUAUUCUUAAGAGUGCUUCAGAUUCAGGAUCAGAUGUUAACGACGAGCUAAAGUCGGAAAAGAGUAUAGCAUUUGAUGGUGUAGGAAACUUGACAGACACUGAAUUUUCUGGUAGGAAUGAACCAGAAAUCGGUUAUACAACAGAAUCAAGUACUAUGUUGGUUGAAGGAAACUCAGCUUUCUCUUCUGAUACCAGCUUCUUAGAUUGUACAUUUGAGUUGGAAAACUUAAAUAUACUAGAAGAAUCAGAUCAAGAGUUAAAGCCAGUGCUAGGUGAUGAUGAACUGAACUAUAUGUAUGAGCAACAAGAAGCAAAAAUAGACCAAUAUAAAAUUCCAUGCAACGAAAUUGAUGCGAACAACGAAGCUGCGUAUAAUUAUGUAAGAAAAGUUUUAGACCUCUCAGGUUUCACUAACAAUGAAUAUCUUGAAACAUGGUAUUCUGAUAACCAACCACUCGAUCCAUCGAUUUAUGAGGAGUUAGAGGGAUGUUUGCUUCUUGAUCCGGAUUGUUCUGGCAAUUGUGAAGGUGGACAUUGCAAUCAUCUUCUUUUGUUUGAUGUAAUCAAUGAAGGGUUGUUGGAGAUUUUCGGUAGAUCUUAUAACUAUUAUCCUAGAGCAUUAUCUUCUCUAUCUCAUGUUCAUCCAUUGCCAAAUGGAAGAGAUGAUGUUCUACAUAAAGUAUGGAAACUUAUUAGUUGGUAUUUGAGUUCAACUCCUGAUGAGGAUUAUACAUCAUUGGAUUACUAUGUUAGUAAAGAUCUAGCAAGAAAUGAUGGGUGGAUGAAUCUUCAAUUUGAUUCUGAAUGUGUUGGGCUUGAGAUCGAUGAUUUGAUUUUCGAUGAUCUUUUGGACGAUAUUAUCUACACUUAAAAGUUCGGGUUUUCAACCGAGUUUUAUUCUGCUAAGUGGUAUAUCGGCUAUACAGAUCAAAUUACGCCAUAAUUU